GCCCUUUAGGCCUCUCGCACCGCCCCUAACACGGUUGUCCCGCCCCCUGCCGCACAGUCGCCCCUCCCACGGAACUGCAAGUCUGAAAUUAGCAGAUGCUUCCCAAGAUGGCACGAGUGCUGAAGGUGGCGGCCGCGAGCGCCGCAGGGCUUUUCCCCAGACUUUGGACUCCAGUUUCAACAGUGAGAACUUGCACGUCGCUGUCCUCACAUCCAGGGGCUGGCCCUGUAUGGAACCUGGGUCGACUCAACCAUGUUGCAAUCGCAGUGCCAGACUUGGAAAAGGCCAGAGCAUUUUAUAAAAAUGUUCUGGGGGCCGAGGUGGGUGAGCCGGUCCCUCUUCCAGAGCAUGGAGUGUCCGUCGUUUUUGUCAACCUGGGAAACACCAAGAUGGAGCUGCUGCACCCACUGGGAAGUGACAGUCCAAUUGCAGGAUUCCUAAAGAAAAACAAGGCUGGAGGGAUGCACCAUGUCUGCAUUGAGGUGGAUAAUAUAAAUGUGGCUGUGAUGGAUUUGAAAGAAAAAAAGAUUCGUAUUUUAAGUGAAGAGGCCAAAAUAGGAGCACAUGGAAAACCAGUGAUCUUUCUCCAUCCUAGUGACUGUGGUGGAGUCCUUGUGGAAUUGGAGCAAGCCUGAUGAAUAAUUCACAAGAAACUGAUCACCCUGAAAAAGCCUUAUCACAGGGUGCUUCAACAUCGAGUCCUUCACUGCUUCUGUCACAGAACUAAAUUACAGAGAUUUUUAAAAUUAUAUGUGUGUAUAUACAUAUAUACACACACAAAAUCUUUGCUGAUUAUGUUGGAUUCUUUUUUCUUGAUUUGGAGAAAACUUUGACUACUGAAUACUUAUGGAAUAUUAUUAAAGUCAUAUUCAUAGAAAUAAAUUAUUCCUGUUCUGAAA